AUGCCUGUGCCUAGUAGAGCUCGAGUUUAUGCAGAGAUAAAUUCCAAGAAGCCUCGAGAAUAUUGGGACUACGAAUCGCAUGUGAUCGAAUGGGGAAACAUAGAUGAUUAUCAGCUUGUUCGCAAACUCGGUCGUGGGAAAUACAGCGAAGUUUUUGAGGGUGUGAAUGUUAAUAACGACGACAAAGUUGUGAUAAAAAUUCUAAAGCCAGUGAAAAAGAAAAAAAUCAAGCGUGAAAUAAAAAUUCUCGAAAAUCUGCGCAACGGCACCAACGUUGUAUCCUUGAUUGACGUUGUGAAGGAUCCGGUUUCGCGUACCCCUGCACUUAUUUUUGAAUAUGUGAAUAAUACAGACUUCAAGCAGUUAUACCAAACGUUGACGGAUUAUGACAUUCGCUUUUAUAUUUACGAGUUGUUGAAGGCACUCGACUUUUGUCAUAGCAUGGGCAUUAUGCAUCGGGAUGUCAAGCCUCAUAACGUUAUGAUCGAUCAUGAGGCUAGAAAGCUCAGGCUGAUAGACUGGGGUCUCGCUGAAUUCUAUCACCCUGGCCAAGAGUAUAACGUGCGUGUCGCUUCCAGAUAUUUUAAAGGUCCAGAACUUUUGGUGGAUUAUCAGAUGUAUGACUACUCGCUGGACAUGUGGAGCUUAGGCUGCAUGCUGGCCAGCAUGAUUUUCCGGAAAGAGCCGUUUUUUCAUGGUCACGACAAUUAUGAUCAGCUUGUUCGAAUUGCGAAGGUGCUGGGUACAGAGGAAUUGUACGACUAUCUCGACAAGUACCAGAUCGAACUAGAUCCGCGAUUUAACGAUAUUCUUGGACGAAACAGUUUCAGACAUUCAAGAAAGCGUUGGGAACGAUUUGUACAUAGCGAAAAUCAACAUUUGGUCACUCCGGAAUCUCUGGACUUUCUGGACAAAUUGCUGCGUUAUGACCAUAAUGAACGUUUGACUGCUAAAGAAGCUAUGGAGCAUCCUUACUUAUGUACGAGCUUAUUACGUUAUAGUGCGACUGUUUGUGUAUUCUCUUCAUUAUUCUUAGAUCCAAUUUAUCAGCAAGAGAAGGCACGUUUGGAAAGAAGCGCUACACAGAAUGCUUCUGAACGCAGUUCUCCAGUGAACCUGUCAGGAUCUGGUAUGUUUUUGUGA